AUGGAGUCUUUCUGGGAUUGGUUUAGCCACAUUCUGUUACAACACUCAUCCACGGCCCAGGAAGAAUUGCUCAUGGUUCUUUGGGCGAUUUGGUAUGCCCGAAAUGAGGUGGUUUGGCAGGACAAAUCAAUGUCAGCGGCGGAGGUUAUUCUUUUGGCACGAGUAGUCCUUAAUCAAUGGAGAAAUGCUCAACAAAGGAGGAUGGGGUCUUUACUUGUUCCUGCGGGUUCAAGAAUGGACUUAGAGCAUUGGGUGAAACCGGUUAUGGGAAAGAUUAAGGUUAAUGUCGAUGGUGCAAUCUUUGCUAGUGAUGGUCGAUUUGGAGCGGCAGGGGUGGCCCGGGAUUCUCAGGGUUGA